AUGCUGCAUAGAUUGGAAUAUGGCAAAGAUACCAAGAAGUACCCCAUCACCCAGAAGCUAAAGAACACUGGCACGCUGUUAGUUCAAAGCGAAGUAAGCAAUACCCCAUUGGUGGCGGAAAGUGCUCAGCCAUCAACUCCAACCAGUCCCCAUUCAAGCAUGCUACUGCUGCAAUCUCAGACCCCGUUUGGACCAAGCAGUUUCGCUGAUCUGCUGAAUGCUCCGUUUUUAGACGAUCCCACUUCCGCCGUUAUUUCCGAAGAACUUAAUCCUUUCGCCGACGUCGCUAUCGAAUCUCAACCUUCUUCUCCGCUUCCUUUACCAAGCUUUCAAGAAACUUACUCAGUUAGAUAUCAAUCACCAUUCAAAAUGGACGAAGAAUGUUUCAACGUAUCUUAUCAACAACAUAAUCAUUAUUACGAUUACUCGCAACAACAGUACACUCCUGCUUGUUCUUUUUAUAAUCCUCCUCCGAGUACCGAUACGGUCAACAGCCAGGAAUCUUAUUCCCUUCCGGUUUAUCCAUCAUCGGAUUUGCACGUGACGACUUCGUCCAAAUCGCGCAGAGCGUCGUUACCUCUACAAAGAUCCGAAUCAACGAGUAGCAGCGAGAGUCCUAAAUUGAGAAUCGGUCCUUCGGCUUCGACUUGUUCUUCGGCAUCUAGUAGUCCGGGAGGUAUACCGGAAGUAUCAAAAGGUCCGACUCCUCCGUCUCCAUCGCAAUUAUGUGCGGUAUGCGGCGAUACAGCAGCUUGUCAACAUUACGGAGUUCGUACGUGUGAAGGUUGUAAAGGAUUUUUCAAAAGAACCGUACAAAAAGGAUCUAAAUACGUAUGUUUAGCCGAUAAAGCUUGCCCGGUGGAUAAAAGAAGAAGGAACAGAUGUCAGUUUUGUAGAUUUCAAAAGUGUCUCGCAGUGGGAAUGGUCAAAGAGGUAGUACGCACAGAUUCUUUAAAAGGCAGAAGAGGUAGAUUACCUUCCAAGCCUAAAAGUCCUCAAGAAUCUCCGCCAAGUCCGCCCGUUUCUCUAAUAACCGCUUUAGUUCGAGCCCACGUAGAUACAACGCCUGAUCUAGCUAAUUUAGAUUAUUCGCAAUAUUUAGAGCCCAGUCCGAUUGAACCGAUCAUAUCGGAAGCUGAGAAGAUUCUUCAAUUUUAUACUCUAUUAACUACGUCGGUGGAUGUAAUAAGGCAUUUUGCCGAAAAGAUUCCCGGUUUUCAAGAUAUACGUUUAGAUGAUAGAGAACUUCUCUUCCAAUCUGCUUCUUUAGAAUUAUUCGUUUUGAGGUUAGCGUAUCGCACGCAUCCGAAUGAUUCGAAAUUAACUUUUUGUAAUGGAGUCGUGUUGGAUAUGCAACAGUGUCAGAGGUCAUUCGGCGAUUGGUUAAAUUCAAUCAUGGAGUUCUGCGCCGGUUUACAUGCCAUGGAAAUUGACAUAUCCGCGUUUGCAUGUCUUUGUGCGCUAACUUUGAUUACGGAGAGGCACGGUUUGAAAGACCCGCACAAAGUGGAACAGCUACAAAUGAAGAUAAUUUCUUCGUUGCGCGACCACGUGACCUAUAACGCGGAAGCACAAAGAAAAUCGCACUAUUUCAGCCGUCUUCUUGGUAAACUUCCCGAACUCAGAUCUCUUAGCGUACAAGGACUACAAAGGAUAUUCUAUUUGAAAUUCGAAGACUUGGUACCGGCACCUCCCUUAAUAGAAAAGAUGUUUGUGGCUAGUUUACCCUUUUGA